AUGACUCGAACCGCCUCAUGUCGACACUUGACUCGAGUCAGCGCCUGUCAUCAACCUCGCCCACAUUUCGUGCCCACUAGGCAACCGUAUAUAACGUUCUCAAACAUUUCUUUCUUUCCUAACUUUCCAUCCUUCCACCGUUGCUGUUCGCGAAAAAUGUCUCAAAACGCAAGCUCGAGUUCAACUCCUCUCUGCAACAACAAUAUCAACUCCAAUGGCGGCAAAGCCAAAAAGCCCACUCGACGCGGACCCCGUGGCCGUUCGCAGCGCACGUCGUCCGAAUGCGACCUGGUCCUCCCUUCCCCGUUGUCAACCUUUCCGAUCAUCGACACCCAUACGCAUGUAGAGGCGACGUUCGAGCAUUACCGGCGCCACUUCAAGGAUCGGGAUGGUGAGAAGAGGAAGUAUGGGAACGUGUACGAGUUCGUGAAGGGGCUGUAUGAGGGGAGGAACGUGGAAGCUGUGGUGGAUGUGUGGUGUGAUGCCCCAGUCAAGAAGGUGUGGAGGGAGUAUGCGGAUGCGGGGGUGGAUGGGAAAUGGGGUGGGAUGGGGUAUUGGUUCGCUAUGGGCGUGCAUCCGCACGAUGCAAAGAAGUACAACGACCGCGUGGAAACAGACAUUCUAGAAGCCAUGGCCCACCCUCGCUGCGUCGCAUGGGGUGAGAUCGGCCUCGACUACCACUACGACCACUCUCCACGGCUGAUCCAGCAGGCGGUGUUCAAGCGUCAGCUCCGUCAGGCUGUCCGUCUGAAGAAGCCGAUCGUGAUACAUACGAGAGAAGCGGACGAUGAUUGUGAGAGGAUAUUGAAGGCGGAGGUGCCGAAGGAUACGCCGAUACACGUUCAUUGUUUUAGCGAUACGCCUGAGUUUGCUGCUCGUCUCUUGGAGCAUUUCCCGAAUUUGUAUAUUGGGAUUACAGGCGUGAUAACAUAUGGAACGAACGCCAACACAGCGGCCGUGAUCCAGAAUAUGGUCACGGCUGCGCCACAAUCGCCUAACGUAGACCUCUCUAACUCCGACGCAUCCACCGCCUCUCCUUCUCCUUCGCCCACCCCUUCUCUACGCAUCUUGCUCGAGACAGACGCCCCAUUCAUGACGCCCUCCAACAUCUAUGCCGAGCCCGCCCUCAGGGGGAAGAAGCUCCCGAUAUCACAUAGUGCGAUGAUCCCAUGGACGGCCAAGUUCGUUGCGGAGGUAGCGAAUGAGGCUUUGGGGAGGAGGAAAGAGGACGGGGGUGAGCUGAAGGAGGCGGAGGUGGUGUGGAGUGCAGAUGAGGUUAUGAGAGCGUCGAGGGAGAAUGCGAGGAAGGUUUAUGACGAUGAGCUCUGA